AUGUCGAGUACGGCGGCGAAUGCCACGUCGUACGUAAUGUACAUAAUUCUGCGUCGGGACCUCCAGUCGAAGCUCGGCUGGCCGCUCGGAGCCAUUUGUACGCAGGCGGCGCACGCAGCCUCAGCCGCUAUGUGGAUUUUUAGGUAAACAACGUGCGAAUCAUUACAUUUCCACAAUUUUUUUAAAUUUAUUCCAGAAACGAUGCGAACACUGAAAUCUACGCGAGCAAUCUGGACGCCAUGCACAAAGUAACACUUGGGGUAAUCUUUAAACACAGUUUAUUUCAAGGCGCCGUCUCUGAGAGGGAAAUAGAUCUCGAAAUCAAUGUCGUUGCGGAUUUCGGAAAGCCGGGCUCGUUUUCCCGCGAAAUUGGUUUUGGGAAUGAUGAAUUGCACGCAGUUUUAGCCAAAAACUUGAAACGGAUAAAUUUGAAUUGCGCUUUGACCAAUUGUUACGCCCUUGCGCUUAAAACGAUCGUUUUGACCUAUUCAAUUGUUUUAGUGAUGUACAAAUGAGAAAUUAUCGAUUUCUCGUGUUUCGCUGUUAAAAUUUGAAUUUCGCGCCAAGCUGCUAAAUUGAUGCAAAAAAUCCGAGAAAAAAAAACACAAUUUUGCAGGUGGAUUCGGAGGAGGAAAUCAAAAAAGUGGCCGAAAAGCUGGAGGCGCGCAAAAUCGAGCACAAAGUGUGGAUCGAGGACGGUUUUCCGGUGUGCAUCGCCCUAAAACCCUACCCGAAAGAGGAGGUCAAAAACGCCGUGAGGGGCCUGAAAUUAUUCUGA